CGGCGAACUCCGAAAAGGAAAACUCUGGUUAAAUAACGUUACUACUGGGUCAUUGGAGGAACAGUCGGCAACUGGAAGGACGCAGGGGACGUAUCGUAAUAUAACUUGUAUAGAAAACAAUGCUGCUUCGUAAAGUGAGCCAGUCCUCCGCACUGUGCGGCUCCAUUCUCAGGAUUCCUCCCGUGCUGUCUGGAGGUCAGCGUCAUACCGGGGCUGUGGUUGCUGUGCAAAAUGCCCGUCUCUACGCAAGCCAAGCUGCAGAGGCGGUGCUAGAGAAGCCUGCAGCAGUCGGCAGUGACACUGCCAGUAAAGUGGAAAAGAAGACCGUUGCUGCUGAAUCCAAAUCAUUUGCUGUCAACAUUUUCAAGGGGCAGAUAGCGACUGCCCAAGUGUUCCCCUACCCCUCAGCCCUGAAUGAGGAGCAGGAGCAGUUUCUUCGAGAGCUUGUGGGGCCUGUCGGUAAAUUCUUUGAGGAGGUGAAUGAUCCUGCCAAGAACGAUACCUUGGAGAAAGUAGAAGAUCACACCAUGGAGGGCCUGAAGGAGAUGGGUGCCUUUGGCCUACAGGUACCAGCUGACCUGGGCGGCCUCGGCCUAUCAAACACACAGUAUGCCCGGCUGGUUGAGAUUGUUGGCAGUCAUGACCUGGGUGUUGGCAUCACUCUGGGGGCCCACCAGUCCAUUGGCUUCAAGGGCAUUCUGCUUUUUGGGAAUCCAGCCCAGAAGGAGAAGUACCUGCCUAAGCUUGCCACAGGUGAGCAUAUAGCCGCCUUCUGCCUAACUGAACCUGCCAGUGGCUCUGAUGCCGCCUCCAUCAAAACCACAGCUGUUCAGUCCCCCUGCGGACAGUACUUCACUCUCAAUGGAAGCAAGAUCUGGAUCAGCAAUGGAGGUCUGGCGGAGAUCUUCACAGUGUUUGCCAAGACACCCAUGAAGGAUCCCAAGACCGGAGAGAUGAAGGACAAGAUCUCGGCCUUCAUCGUGGAGAGGAGCUUUGGAGGAGUGACGCAUGGCCCUCCAGAGAAGAAAAUGGGCAUCAAGGCGUCCAACACCGCCGAGGUCUAUUUCGAUAAUGUUCGCGUGCCAGCUGACUGCUUGUUGACCGAGGUGGGCGGAGGUUUCAAGGUGGCCAUGAACAUCCUGAAUAAUGGACGCUUUGGCAUGGCGGCCGCCCUCUCCGGCACCAUGAAGGGAGUCAUCACCAAAGCUGUGGAUCAUGCAGCCAACAGAACCCAGUUUGGGAACAAGAUCCACAACUAUGGAGUCAUCCAGGAGAAGAUGGCUCGCAUGACCAUGCUGCAGUAUGUCACCGAGUCAAUGGCCUACAUGAUCAGCGGUAACAUGGACAGUGGAGCGACUGAAUUCCAGAUAGAAGCUGCCAUCAGCAAGAUCUUUGCCUCUGAAGCAGCAUGGACUGUGACUGAUGAGUGUAUUCAGAUUAUGGGCGGCAUGGGUUUCAUGAAGGACGCUGGAGUGGAGAGGGUGAUGAGGGAUCUGAGAAUUUUCCGAAUCUUCGAGGGCACCAACGACAUCCUGAGGCUCUUCGUGGCCCUUAAUGGCUUCCAGAAUGCUGGUAACCAGUUGAAGAGCUUACAGAAGGCCCUGAAGAACCCCCUCGGCAAUGCUGGGCUGCUCGCAGGAGAACUCACCAAGAGAGCCAAAAGGAAGGCAGGUUUGAGCACAGGUCUGACACUGCAGGGAACUGUACAUCCUCAGCUGGCACAGAGCGGUGAACUGACCACUAAAGCCAUCGAACAGUUUGGAGCGGUCAUCGAGGAGCUGCUGAUCAAACACGGCAAGAAGAUCAUUGAUGAACAAUUUGUCCUGAAGAGAGUCGCAGACACUGCCAUCGACCUCUACGCCAUGGUGGUGGUCCUGUCCAGGGCUUCACGCUCUCUCAGUCAGGGCAAUGCCUCAGCUCAGCAUGAGAAGAUGCUGUGUGAGACCUGGUGUGUGGAGGCCCAUGAUAGGAUCAUGCAAGACAUCAAGAGUCUGCGCUCCAGUCAGUCCAGACAGCUCUUCAAGAACUUGCGGGCCAUCUCUUCAGCCGUGGUGGAGAACGGAGGAGUGGUGGCUCCUCACCCUCUGGGUUUCUAAACGCACCACGCUCUUCACAUAUCUUCAUGUCUUGUUUUCUUUCUUUUUUUUCUGCAUCUCUAACCAGGUUCAGGGUCAUCUAUGCCAAGUCCUCUCAAACUUUACAGAUUUAUUAUAGCCACAUUUGCUCCAUCACACAUCGGUACCCUAGUGUGUUCUUUGUGUUAAUAAGCUCAUAUAGUGAGUUGCACAACUUUGGGCCAAAUGAAUCAUUGGUUUUACACAGAAAUCACAGUUUGAAACUUUUUGUUUCGUUGUUUGGUUAUCUUGAUUGCAAUCAAUUAUAGUGUCCGUGUGAACCUGUUUUUCUGUCACGUAUUUACUUCAUUCUGACUCAUUCUGGGAUUUGAGCUGGAGUUUUAAUCUAUAUGAAAUAAGGAUUACUUAAAAUUGGCCCGAGACAGAUGGGUCAAUAGGACAGAAAAAUUACUAUUUCCACAAAUGAUUCAGCCCUACUACCAGCUGACAAAUAAAUACGUCAAUGCAACUUUGAGAUAGAGGCCAGUUAACAGAGGAAGCUUUAAACUUAAUUGGUUUAUAAUUCAUACAGAAACUAGUAUAGUGCCCAUUGAAAAUGUGUCUGUUUGGAACAGGCCGAUUGCUUGGCCUGUGGUAUUCCUGCUUGUAGACUUCUUCAAAACCAAGUUGUACCCCAAAAUGACUUACAGAAGGACCCCAAACCACUUAUUACGCAACUCCACUGUAUAGCCUAUUACUGACUUACAGUGUAGGCUACUUCUACAUCAGAGGAAGACAUUGUACUUCUAUAUUUACCUGACAGAGAACGUUGCAGAUUCAGAAUGUAAUCACAAAAUAUCACAAUGAAAAUGUGGACUUAAUUAACCCGACCCAGGGUGAGUCUGAUGAAAACGGCUGUGUCUGCCCCAGUUCAGCUCGCCGAGAUUACGUUUUGUGUUCAUAAGCGACUGUAGGCUACACCUCACAGCAACUUCAUACUAUAUAGUGUCUGGCUUAUAUCCAGCAAACAUGUAGCUAACGUUGGAAGCAGGAAAAGAGUCAAAGGUGGUAAACCCCCACUCCACCCCCCACCCCCGUACAGGGUUCUGCAUGUGUGACUUGCAGGUUACCUUACCCCCAAACACAUACAUACAUACAUACAUACAUACAUACAUACAUACAUACAUACGGAUACGUCUCGCUUUAUUAGAUGUGUUUGGCAUAGUGUUCAAAUGUAUAUAAUGGUGUGGUGUUUAUGUACUUGAAUGCCUUUCUGCAUGGUGAGCUCAGCAGUGCUCAUCACAGAAACAUUAAUGUCAGGAGGAGCAACACCUUUGCCUUAGAAACCGGUCCACAGAUGCUGUUGGAAGUUCCUGUUGUGACUUGAGUCAAACAGAGAGCUUUAAAAAAAAAAAAAAAAAAAACAUAUGUGCAGGUCAACCUUACUAUUUACUAAUGGUCGUCACAUUAACGUCCAAAGUGCAAGUGGUAAUUUUCUUAGCUAAAGGUAGCAGGCAUCAUUAACUGUAAAUAUAGCUAAUUAACCGUCAGUCUGCAUACCUGGACUUUUAAGAAAUCAUUGCUUGUACACUAAAAUGCACUUAAUGGUUUGUUAAUCUGCCGUUUCAAAGCAUUCAUUAAAGUUAAGUUUGGACUGCACAUUCUCGCCUUUCUAUAACUCGUACUGUGACACACCAUGCUGCUUUUCAGUCAGGAAUCUGUUUGAUCACUUAUUGUUCAUUGUGUGGAUUUAAUAUGAUCAUAUGCUUCUUUUGUUAUCUAAAAAAUAAUGCCUCAACUGUUGGAGUCACAGUAUUUGUACAGAUCUACUUUGAGCUUUUUGGUUUAACAACACGUUGGAUUAUUAUUUUGAUCAAUUAAUAAAGUAUCCAUUCAUCUGUC